AUGAAUACUGAAAAAUUACUUAUUAAAAAAUCAAAUUUAGAUCACAGGACUAAUCAAUCUACUGUGGAGUGUUUAUCCAGUUGCAAAGCUGUAAGCGGAUCAAUGGAGAGAUACUCAACAGCGGUCAUACGGAAUUGUCUUAAAGUAAUUCAUUCUAACAAAAAAGAAGAAGAAAAGUAUUAUGACAACUUAACUACGCGGCAUUUAGAAAUUCUAAGUCGAUUCAUGAAGAAUAAAUAUGGUAUUGUUGUUAAAGCUAACCAUAGCAGCAACGGUCACAGUCUUACUGACAACGAUGUGAACUUUGAGUCAGAGGAAAGUCUGUAA